CCACCACCACCACUUCAUCUUCUUCUCCUACAAAAACCUCUCUCAUUCUCUUUCCCUCCUCUGAAACUGGGACCCUUUCGAUCUCUCAAUCUCACUACCGAAACUUUACGAAGCAGCCAUGGAACCUGCCUGCUUAGUCGACGACGCUGAGUUCUGGCUUCCGACGGAGUUUCUCACUGACGAUUUCCUCGUUGAGAAGGAGAACAAAGAGUCGGUGUUCCCGUACGAGCCGAGUCAUGGCGACGAAGAGAGCUUCUUAGCCGGAUUAAGCCGGAAAAUGGUUCAGUCAACUCUUGAAGAUGACGACGCCAUGGCGUGGGAUAUGACUCGGUGUGGAGGUGGAUACAGCUGUCAGGCGCGAGUUUCUUCUCAGGCGGCGGCGUGGGAUAUGUACUGUGCCGCCACAGAGGAACUGGCGAUGAUGAGUCUGACUGGUUACAACAACCAUCAUAGUGGCAGAGGACCUCUUGAUCAUCCCGGAAAACACCCCCUCGCCGCAGCUAAAAUCUCUAACCACGGCUCCGGCUUCUACAGCCGCCAAUCUCUCCAGUACCAGAAGCUACAAGCUAUUCAAUUUCAGCAGCUGAAGGAGCAGCAGUUGAUGAAAUACAAUCGCCAAUUGGCGCAGCAGAGGGUGAAUAAUCAUAUAAAAAGUAGUGGUCAUAUGGACUUGUCUCCAUCUGCAUGGUGUACCCAGCCACAGAGGCGUGCUGUUUCCCUCGGUGACCGUACCGGAAAACGUGGUUCAACCGGAACCGGCGUGUUCUUGCCUCGUUCCCCUGUAACCGCCCAGACUCGCAAGAAACCCACUCUUGGUACGGUUUUGGUUCCGGCUAGAGUGGCGCAUGUCCUUAACCUAAACGAAUCUGUGGUCCACCAGACACCAGUCCGGUCUUCGGCUAGUUUCAACGAUGCGUCGUGGAGACAGAGGAGUAACAAUGGUGGGUACUCGAGCCAGAUGAUGAUAGAGCAGACAGUGAACGAGCCUCGGUUACCUUCGGAUUGGGCGUAUUGACCAGUUUUGGGGGUUUUUAGGGAAAGUUUGAAGAAAAGUGAAAGAGGAAUAAAGUUUAAAUUUUGAAGACAGGGUGUAGUGAAGUAGCGGCAAAAUUAGGGUUAUAUAGAUAAAGGAAGAAGAUGUGGACAAUUAUGACGAGGUUUUGGAUCGUUUAACCACCAUUGAUGAUGACUAAUAGAAGAACAAAAGGAGCUUUGAGAGAGGAUAAGAUUUUUUUUUUUUUUUUGCUUGUUUUUGGUUUUCUCUGGGAAAUUUAUUAAUAACUGUCUGUCACUGGGCUGUUGCGUUUCCCCUUCCUCUCUCCCUCUCUUUUGUUCCGACAACCCUUAAGCAAUAGAGAAAGUACUAGUAAAAAUAAAGGAUUGUUAAAUAAUUUUGUUUGCCAGUACUA